UUGUUGCUGAGAGGCAGAUUCCUUAAAAGCUUAUGUGUUCGAGACAAAUCUGUAGCUGUGCAGUCUGUAGAUCCAUACUUAGCUUUCCAUUGCAUUAAUGAUACGAAACUGCUCAAUCCAUUGCAUUAAUGAUACGAAACUGCUCAAUCUCAAAGCGACACGUGGGAUUGGAUUCAUCAUCUUCAGAGGAACCAAAUUUGUCUCGGACAGCCACGGGUUUACCAUCUAGAAAAGACUCUGGUAUGGGAUCUUUGUAAAGUCCAGUCGGGUCGAACUCCCAUUUGGAUUCAAACCAUUCGAGGAUCUGCCGGAUCAAUAUCCAUUAACUACCAGCGCAUGUUACCAACAACUACCCUGCUUAACUCGAGCCUUGUGCGUGCUACACCGUAAGAUUUUAAAAGAAAAAAGGAGUAAAAAGAAAGCCCUAAGAUUUUGCUCUUGACAGCGAGAGCCAUGGCUGCAGCUCUUUCUCAUUCACAGGCUCGCUUUCUAAUAUUCUUCCAUCAAAAUCCACCGAUUGCUCCUCAAACCCUGAGAUUACAGACGUCGGAGACUCAGAAGAGCACAUAUUCGCCCCCGAGAUUCCGGGCAGUCCGAUGCUCAGCGAAACCGAACGAGCAAAUUACCCUCAGAACUUGCAAGAAUUGCAAGACCCAAUUUGACCCGGCCCUCAAUAACCCUCGCGCUUGCCGCUUCCACACCGCUCACUUUGGUGGAGAAACAAAGAGGAAGUUUGAAAGUGUGUACGCAGGAGGUACCAUGGAUACUCCCAACUCCGGCAAAGUUGUUCAAUACUGGCAUUGUUGUGGGUCUGAAGAUCCCUUUGACCCUGGAUGCACUGCGUCUCCUCAUUCCUCCUAUGAUGACUGAUGAAGUUGACAGUCUUUCACAACUUAAUUAAGAUCUGAUGACACAAAAAUCGAAGGGUUUUGCUGUCCGAUACAAGGUGUUUCUUUUGGUAUUUGGAGUCCCUAGCCUUAAGAUAUCUUUGAUAAAAGCUUACGCCGGCGGCUAUAUCAUUCGGCUCUUUGAUUAUUGAUAUGCAUCGAAACUUUGCCAUGUGGCAAUAUUACAAUCGUCACCUGGUUAUGCAGCGACACGAUCUGGAUGCCACAUUCUUAGUAUAAUAAUAAGUGCUCACAUGUAUAUACCUGGUAAUACGGCAUGCAUUGUGCUAGACACGUACAAACUACAACAAAUAAUAGAUUAAUAACACCAACUUGUUAGUUGUUAUAA